AUGCUUCUGGGUUUAACAAGAUACAGAGAACGGCGUAAAACAGCACCUCUUAUAAUUACCAAAAAUUCACGAGAAUUUUGUCAACGUACUUGUGAAAGUGCAGAACCAAGCUGCAGUGGACGAACUGAAUAUGAAGAAUUGGAAAGACGGAAGUUGGAUGAUGAACGAACUUCAUCAUCGAACUGCGAUGCUCGCAAUUUCAUUCAAUAUCAUAAACAACAACGACGUUCAUCCAAGCAUAAACGACGUUCAACUAUUACAGCUAUUAUUACUCCACACAAAUACACCAACGAUCCAUUAAUAGCUUGGGAGAUGAUUAAAAAUAAUCGUCCUGUGAAGACAAUGAAAUUAAAUACACCGAUAAGACAAGAUGCUGUCCGAUUUGUUUGUAUGGCUUGCCUCCAUCAGUCAUUUCCGGAUCCGCAAUCUAUUCCAUCUGGUGAUAUUCUUAUCGUUGCGGGAGAUUUCACAUUGUACGGUCGACCAGAUGAAGUUAAACUUUUUAGCGAAUAUCUAAAACAGCUUCCACAUACUUUGAAAGUAAUAAUUGCCGGUAAUCACGAAUAUACAUUCGAUGGUCGUUUUGUGAAGGCCAGCGGAAGUAAAUUUGGUGAGAAAAAAUUAGCUGUGAAACAAACUCUUAGCAAUGAAUUUACAUCACACGAAAUGAAAAAUGCAAAAGCAAAAUUGGAAAAUGUAGUUUAUUUAGAAGAUAGUUUAACGGAACUCUUUGGUAUUCAAAUUUAUGGAACACCAUGGCUACCACAGCAUGAUGAUAUGGCUUUUAAUCUUCCUCGAGGACAAGCUCUACUUGAUAAAUGGAAUGAUAUACCAGCCGGUAUCGAUGUUCUCAUCACUCAUACACCACCGCUAGGUCAUGGAGAUAUGCUAGCAAAGGGAUUACACGUUGGUUGCGUUGAAUUAUUGAAUUCUGUCGUUAAACGUAUUCGACCAAAAUAUCACGUUUUCGGUCAUAUUCACUCAGGAUAUGGCUGUACAACAGAUGGUUACACAAAAUUUGUCAACUGUUCAUUGGUAGAUGAUCAAUUACAGCUAACAAAUAAUCCCAUUAUUUUUGAUAUAUCUGUGGAUGUGAAUAAGAAAGAACGUUGGACACUCAAAUAUCGUCGAAAUAUUAAGCAUAACAUUUAG